UAUUAAAUGCUAGGUACAUAUCGUAAUUAUAAGGUCCAAGACGUUUGAGAUUAUUAAUAUUAUUUACCUAGUUUAUUUAUCAGUUCCAAGCCUUUGACAUAGUACGGAUACAGUCAUAAAAGCAAGGCACGUUGACAAUUGUACAUUUAAACUAUAAAAGCAUUGUUUUCUUUCAUUCUAUAGUUUCAAUAUAUAUUUACCACGGGACAUGUAUUUACGGAAGGUCUCUCCUAGUUUCACACGUUCUCUAUCUUUGAGGAAUGCUUAUAUAAAUGUUGAUAGUUUAAAAAUUCUCAGGCCUAAGCUUCUGUGGAUAUGUGAAAGUUUAUUGAGAAAAUUUAUCAAAAUAUUACUGCAUCAUCAAUGAGAUAGGACGACAAGUAAAAACCCAUUUAUGAUGUUCAGGAUUAUGGUAGUUCAUAAAUUUGAUAACAAUUUUCAAUAGAUAACUGGACUAGAGGAAAAUAACUUUGAAAAGUAUACAAUUUUUGAUAUUGGAUAAAAAUGGCACUGCCUCUUAUAACGAAACGACAAACACAAAUGACCUAUAAUGCAGCUGAAGAUAAAGGGAGUAUGAAUAAUGGUUCAACGCCUAGAAACAAAGAGCGUCACAUUCUCGAAGAAAAAUACUGGAGUACGGAUAUUGUCAAACAAGUGGAAACGUGGAUGAAGAACCAACGAUUUUCUGAACAAUAUGCUCCAAGUUCACAAAGGUCACAAUAUACACCACCAAUCCAAUCUGAACGAAGUCGAAGACGCAGACGAAAGCGUCAAAGUCAAAAAGACGGUGAAUCCGGUGGUGCAUAUACGGAAAGUAUUAACUACACCGAUUCUGAAAUAGUGAGCACUGUCGAAAGUAAAGUAAUUCAAAGAAAACUUAUCGAAAAGGAAGACAAAAAACUCACGAGAAACAACGGAGUUAAAGUUUAUCCUUCGAGAGUCGAGAGUGGACAUAUAAACCGUGAAAAUAUGUACAAUAAAAGCAUUGAAAGAACAAAUAAAAACUCAAGAUUUGGUAGCAUUCACGACGAAAUAGAAUUCCAAAAACGCUAUAAACGAAUAUCCGAUCUUCAAAAUCAUUUACAGUUUGUGAAUGGAAGUUAUCUAUCAGGAAAAAAUAUAUUAGUAGAAAAGAAACUUGCUCCUGUUACAGAUAGUACUAGAAGAUUUAAACAACUUAACCCAUCAGAAAUGUUUGCAAUAUCCCCUCUUGAACAUUUAAACAUUAAAACAAAAUCAAAACAGAAACAUUUUCUUCAAGCAACACAACUGUCACAUAACAAUAGAUAUAAAUCAAAGAAAAAGCCAUUUCCAUGGCAGAAGUUUCAAAAGCUUCCUGAUAUUUCGCCUGACUCUAAACCGCCAAAUAAAGCAUUAAGUGAAAGUGACGUAAAGUUUGGAGACGAAAUUGGCAGAGAUACGGCAAGGUCUGGAUAUGUUAGUAGCUUACUGAGUCAGGAUGAUACUAGAGACGAACGUGCUAAAUCUGUUGUCACAAACAGUUCAUACGGACCUUAUCAGGAAAUGAAAGUUACUAUUCAUAUUCGAUACAAAAAACCGCAAUCCUCACCGAUAGACAAAAGCGAGGAUGAAUCUGUCAGUGAAACAAGUUCCGUUCAAUCUUCAGAAGAUAAUACGCCUCCUGUAUAUGAUGGACGAGUGCAUUCAAUUGAUCAAGAUAAAACUACUAGUCGUGAAAACAAAAUUACAACUCCAUCACAGAAUGAUCAAAAUUUGGUGCAUAGCACAUCUUUUCGUGGUUUAUCAAGAACUAGCAAUAUGUCAAAAUCAAGUAAAGAAAAUUAUAAAAACUAUGAAGGAGGGACUCUUUCGUCAUUAGUUAUAUCCGAUCCCGUUUCUAAAAUACCGCGACAUUAUGCUGGCAAAAUAAGGGAAUGAUAUGCAAUCACAUUGUUAUAUAUAUAAAAUGUUACAUGUU